CGCACCCCGACCCGUUCGUCCCCAGGCCGGAAAUCCCACCUCCCCUUCCUCCUCGCCCCGCCCCGUCUCGCCGCCGCAGCCGCCGGCGUCGCGGCCGCUGCUGAUGGCGAAGACACGGAAGCCCCCGCCCCCUCCUCCUCCUCCCCCGCCCCCGGCGCCCGCGGAAACCGCGUCCCCGCAGCGGAAGCGCAAGAAGAAGGGCCGCCCGUCCCUCCUCGACCUCCAGCGCCGCAGCCUGCGCCUCCAGGCGCAAAACCCCGAGGCCUCGUCCUCCCCGCCCCGCCGCGACCCCAACCCCUCGGACGACGAGGAGGACUUGGGGGCUGGGAGCGGGCGGCGGCGGCAGAAGCGGCUCAAGAGCGUCCUCUCCGGCGCCGGCGAGGAGGAGGAAGCGGUGGAGGAGAAGAAGGAUGUAGCGAAAGCGACGGGGAAAGGGGUCGCUGCGUCGGAUGGCGGGCCCACGGGGACGCCCCUCCCGGACAAAAAGUUGCUUCUCUUCAUCCUCGACAGGCUCCAGAAGAAGGAUACUUAUGGAGUUUACUCGGAACCCGUUGACCCAGAGGAGCUUCCGGAUUACCAUGAGCUUAUCGAACAACCUAUGGACUUCGCAACCAUCCGUGAAAAGCUGUUGAAUGACUCGUAUACCACCCUGGAGCAGUUCGAGAAUGAUGUAUUUCUACUUACGUCAAAUGCCAUGUCCUACAAUUCAGAUGACACGGUAUACUAUCGCCAGGCACGGUCUAUUGAAGCUCUUGCCAAAAAGGAUUUUGAGAAUUUAAGACAAGCUAGUGAUAGUGAAGAAGAACAACCCAAGAUAGCACCUAGAAGAGGCAGGCCACCAAAAAAUGCAAAGAGAACUGUUGAGAAGACUGAGAGGGAUGUUUCACCAGAUUUAUCCAAUCCAAAAGCAAACAAAUCUGCAGAUAACACUGAAACAAGGAAAAGACCGGCUGGAGACAGAACUCGGAAUACAAAUAUCUCCAUGAGAGAUUCACCCAUUCUUCACCACAGCAUACUCGGUUCUUGUAGUGGUAAAAGAACAGAUAAAACUGGUGUUUGCUCAGGGCCUUCGAAGUAUGGAAAGAAGAUUACCUAUUUAGACGAUGAUCGUCGGAGUACAUAUGAUCAGCAAUACUCACAUCACAGUCCUCUGUUUUCUGCCCUUGAUUGUGAGAGGAAACUACUAGUUCCAAUAGGGGUUCAACAGCAACAUGCAUAUGCUAGGAGCUUGGCACGAUUCGCUGCAAAACUUGGUCCGGUUGGCUGGGAUAUAGCAGCAAAGGGUAUCAGACGGGUAUUGCCUGAGGAAAAGUUUGGCCCAGGAUGGGUUGGAGAUGGUGAGCCACUUCAAAACUCCCAGUGGGCUCGUGUUCCCGUAUUUACUGAUCCGUCCGCUGAGUCCAGUAUUCCAACACACAGUAUGACAUCCAGAAGCGAUGAUCUCCAUCGAAAUUCUGAGCUGUCUUCGAAUGGGGAUGUCACUGGUGAAGAACAUCCAACUAGAAACAAGCCAGUGGCAUCCACAUCCACAGGCUUUGACAAGAACUCUGCAUUGGCCAGCAAACCACCCAAAUAUGUAAACGGAGUUAGCAUGUCAUGCGAUGGUGUGGCUAAUACUGGACCGACACCUCCAUUGCAGCAGCACGGCCAUAGUCAAGAAACCUCCAACAUCAAUGGAAUCACUGCUGUGCCACACACCAUUGGCCAGUACACUGGACAAGGGUUAUUCGGGCCAGGCAUGCAGAUGACGCAUGCUCAAGUGCUUGGGAUGUUUUCUGGAGUCAAUGGCAGGGCCAACGGCUAUCUCCAUGGGCACCCACUGGCCGCUGAGAGUGUUAAAACAGCACAGAAUGGAGUUAUUGGAAAGAUAACCGCCAACCCCUCUCAAGAUGCAGGUCAUGAUCAGAAGGGUGCAUCUCCACAAAACGAUAAUAGUUCCGCAUCUCCAAGCUUAAAUAAUGCUGGCGUCCAGCCAUCAGGUUCCCCUCCUAGGGGGAAGGUAGUGAAUCCGAAACAUCCGGACUUGGCUUUACAGCUGUGAGCCACAUAAUAGCAGUCAAUUGACAUAGUUCACCUUAGUGUAUCAUCCGGAUGGAACGAGAUGUAUGAGGAUAUCCUGCUGCUUCUCCCGGGCAAAUACUCCUGCUUCCGAUCCACUGACAGACGACAUAUAUCUGUAGUACAUCGAGCUGUACUGUCCAGGAGCUUCGAAGGAUAAACACCAUAUGGGAGGAGAAUAAAAUGAAGGCCAAACGAGGCCUCUGAGAUGACAAGGUUUGCGGGAAGCGAAAUAACGUGGGCUAUUAUUUGAUCAUUUGACCAGACCCCCCAGUGAAGUGUUGUAAAAGGGUAGUGUAGUAGUCUGUACAGAUUCUAAUCCUAUUGGAGAGAUGAUGAUAAUGUCCUGGGUGCGGCAGCCAAUGUGUAACAUUAUAGUAGUAGACAAGUAAGCAUCCAUACAGGCAGGGUAAAAGGGCGAAAAGUGAAUAGUUGUUGUGCCGUUUCCUGCGAGAGGAAGGAUGGAAGGAAGGAAGGAUCCGGGGAUAAUGCUGGAUUGCCAUGGCUGGGGAUUUGAUUCCCCAGCUGAGUUGAGUUGAGUUAGUUGAGCUGAGCCUUGGUGAAGCAGCAGCAGCAGCAGCAGCCAUCAGUCGAAGGCUUUUGCUCUGGUCUGAGGCUCCUGAGAAUGGAAAUGCGUGAUCGAUCCUGUUCUAGUAGCAAAUCUCCUGACAUGAAUGGAUAAUAUGCUUGUGCUGACAUAUCAUUUGCUGAUGUCGUCCAUGCUAUUGGAAAUCUUGGUACUAUGUCAUCUUCUUUCCUGUUUGUUGUCACAGCACAAAGCCAUGUGGUAGUACUACUAUGCA